AUGGUGUUUAUAAAUGCUAUGAGCAGCAUUACAGCCCCCCUUUUUGGCUUGGGGGCGGCAGCAGUGACCUCGAACCUAGGGGUAUUUAUACCAGCUCUGUUGGCAGCAAUAGCUUACUUUCAAUACGACCUUAUGGAUCCAGAGAGCAGACCCAUUGACGUGGAAGACGAGCAAAUGUUGGAUAGAUACGAUUUUGUAGUGGUAGGGGCUGGUUCGGCAGGUGCUGUAGUGGCGAAUAGACUUAGUGAAAUAGAAAAUUGGAACGUUCUUCUACUAGAGGCAGGAGGAGAUGAGACUGAACUUUCCGAUGUACCUUUGAUGGCCGGAUAUUUACAACUAUCGCAGCUAGAUUGGAAAUACAAAAGUGAACCUCAAGGAUCUGCUUGCUUAGCUAUGGCCAAUGGUAGAUGCAAUUGGCCCAGGGGUAAGGUCAUUGGCGGUUCUUCGGUACUGAAUUACAUGUUGUAUCUUCGAGGCAAUAAAAAGGAUUACGAUAUAUGGGAGGCCUUGGGAAAUCCCGGAUGGGGCAGCAAGGAUGCUUUAUAUUACUUUAAGAAAUCCGAGGAUAACCAAAAUCCAUAUUUGACUGAAACGCCCUAUCAUUCAAAAGGAGGCUACCUCACAGUAUCAGAAGCCCCGUACCACACCCCGUUGGUGGCAGCUUUCGUGGCUGGCGGGCAACAGAUGGGCUACGCCAACCGCGACAUAAACGGCGAGCACCAGACGGGUUUCAUGAUGGCGCAGGGGACUGUGCGAAGAGGCUCGCGAUGCUCGACCGGUAAAGCCUUUUUACGGCCGGUAAGGCUCAGGAAGAAUCUACACGUGGCUAUGCGAUCUCAUGUUACUAGGGUGUUGGUGGAUCCCAGCACAAAGAUCGCGUUUGGGGUUGAGUUUAUACGGGAUGGCAAGUUGCACAGGGUGAGGGCGAAUAAGGAGGUCAUACUGUCUGCUGGUGCAGUGAAUUCCCCGCAAAUACUGAUGCUUUCCGGGAUUGGCCCUAAAGCGGACUUGGAGAAACAUAAAAUCCCCCUCAUACAAGACUUAAAAGUCGGUCAUAAUCUCCAGGAUCACAUUGGGUUGGGGGGGUUGACUUUCCUAAUCGACAAAGAGGAAUCCAUCACUCUCGAUAGAGUGUACUCUGUGGGGCCUUUAAUGCAGUACGCGAUAUUUGGCGGCGGGCCUUUGACCAUCAUGGGAGGCGUGGAAGGGUUAGCGUUCGUCAACACAAAAUACGCCAACGCCAGCGAUGAUUUUCCCGAUAUAGAGUUCCAUUUCGUUUCUGGGUCGACGCAUUCGGACAAAGGCGCGCAGCUGCGUAAAGCGCACGGUCUUACGGAAGCUUUCUACAAACGCACCUUCCAAAACAUAGAGGGCGUGGAUGCUUGGAGCGUCAUCCCCAUGCUACUGCGACCGAAAAGCCGAGGCUUCAUCAAGCUACGCAGCCGUAAAUACUUCGACCCCCCACUGAUAUACCCCAACUACUUCAUGGAUAACUUCGACAUGAAGACCUUAAUCGAAGGUGCCAAGAUAGGUUACCAACUAUCACUAACCCCGGCAUUUCAAUCGUACAAGAGCACCCUACACGAGUUUCCAGACUGCAAGAAGUACCCCAAACUAUCGGAUCAAUUUUGGGAGUGCAUGAUACGCCUGUACUCGGUAACCAUCUACCAUCCCGUUGGGACGGCGAAAAUGGGACCGUACUGGGACCAAGACGCAGUCGUAGACCCGCAAUUACGCGUAUACGGGAUCAAAGGGUUAAGAGUGAUAGACGCCUCCAUAAUGCCCAAUCUAGUGAGCGGGAACACCAACGCCCCCUGUAUAAUGAUUGGAGAAAAGGGUGCGGACUUAAUCAAGGAGUUUUGGUUGAAAACUGCGAGGUAUGGGUGA